AUGCCCGAUAUAUCAAUUACAGCAAAGAAAUCCCAUCAAAAAUCUCCCAAUAAUUUGCAACAUAUCGUGGUCGUUAAAACUCCACCACCACAACAACACAAGGCAUAUCAAAGACAUCAACCUAUAAAUGAAGAUCCUCCAUAUAUCCAAAACAAUUACCGAGAUUCAUAUUUAAGAAUAGGCUCUAAGAAAGCCAUUGAAGAUAUAAAACCAUUCCAUACAACCUUUACAUCAACCACGACUUCAUCAUCUUUUGUGGCGGCAAAUUCAAUAAUACUAGCCAAUGCAUUUUAUAUGUUUGCCACAAUUAUCUUACUUAUUAUAAUCAUUGCUGCUAUUUCAUUUGGAAUUAGAGAAUAUUAUUUAUCUUUUAAGAAUCGACUUAAUUCGUCAACUAGUGAAGUUACAAGGUUAUAUAAUUGGAAUGAUUUGAAACAUGUUACCGACAGGGGAGGAGGUGGUGGAGAUGGAGGAGGGGACAACAAAGAGGGAGAUGGGAAUACGGAUGGGAGACUAAUGCAGCAACAACUUCAACAACAGAAGAUACUUAAUCAUCAACAACAGAUAGCAAUGAAUGGAAUAGGAUCAAAUCAGAAUAGAAACCUUGCGGAGGCAAUUACUUCUGGUUUGACACAAUUUGGGGAUGAUAAGAAUAAUACUGAGAAUUCACCAGGUUGGGAAGAUUCUCAAAAUUCAAAUAUAACUGAAAGUUCCAAUAAUCUGGGAACUAGUUCAUAUACCAAGAACAGUCAUAGUAGGUUCAAUUUAGUCAGUCAUAGACAAGGGAAUAUUACUGGGUUUAGUGAUAAAUCAAUUUCAAAACUUACAAAUAGUCAAAUCAAAUAUAAAAUUACUUAUUCAAUUGAAGAAUUACAAAGAUAUAAUAGAACUUUAGAUUGGGAUGAUGAUAGUUUAUUAAGACUUUCACAAAUCAAAAAGACAAAAUAUAAAUUAUCAAUGUCGAAAUUAUUAUUAUCAAAUAAUACCAAUAUUCAAAUCCCAAUUUCUCAAUUUGAUCAGGCUUGGAAAUUAACUAGAGUAAUAUUUGAAAUCAAGAAUUCAAUCAUUAAUUCUCAAUGUCCCGUUGAGAAAUCUUUAGCUGUUUUACAAUUGAUUUCAAUUGGGAAAUGUCAAAACUUAGUCCGUGGGAACCCCAACACAUACUUGGAAUCAUUCAAUGAUUGCAUGGAGGAAAUAAUCGAUAACGGAUCAAUAUUUAUCGUAUUCAACGAAAUCAACCCAAAUCUCCAAUUGCAACUAGUAGAAGUCAUCCUCACAUAUUGUUGGAAUCAUUAUAGAUAUUAUGACUACCAAGACGAAAAACCCCAAUCCUCAACCCACAUAAUCCUCACCCAAUUCAAAAAAUGGAACCUAAAACAACCAAUCAUCCAAACCAGAACCACAAUAUUUAGAAUAUUAUGUAAUCUCCAAUUAGGUCUUUAUUCAAUCCAAUCCACCCCCGCCAAAUUGUUAUCCGAAAUAGAAUUAAAAAUCGCCCUUGUGAUUCGAGAAGCUAUCAAACAUAGUAUAUGUAAUGAUUAUAUCGGAUAUAUCCCCAUGUUGGCCCAAGCUGUUGAUGUCACCAAUUUAACUCGAAAUAAAAUUUUCUUUUUUGAGAUACUUAAGAUAUUAAUCCUGAAUCAUUGUCAAUGUUGUAUGGAACAUUAUAUACAUGAUUCCAAUGUUGAAUUGAAAUCAGUGGUUCAGUUUGGAUUAUAUAACGAUCUGGAAUUUGUUGUUGCUAAGGCGAAUGAGAUAUUAGAGAUUUUGAUUAAGAAUGACCCGAAGAUAGCUGGAUGGAGGAUUGAGACCGAGGAAGGUGGUGGUGGGGGGAAUGAGAGUUCUAUCUUUUCGUUGACUAGUGAAUAUGCAGAAGGAUUCUUUACGGCUCCAUUGUAUAAGAAACAAGAACAGAAACUACAGCAGAAACAAAAAGGAAAGGUGCUGAAUCAAAAGCAGACAAGAUCAAAGAAUAAUCAGGCCUUUAAUAGUCAAAAUAAUAAUGAUACACAUACAAGUAGUAGGAGUUCUGGAUCAUUACCCCAUUCCUGGAAUUUCGGAGUAGUGACAAGUCAUUUAAAUCUAAUAACUGAGGAAGAUGAGGAGGAAGCAGAAGAUGAAGAUGAGGAUCAGCAUGACACGGAAGAUGCUACUGAUGUGGAGACAGAAGAAGAAAUGGAUCUUGGGAUAUAUGAUGUUUCAGUGAAACCUUCUUCAACUAUUGAUUUGAAUAAAUCAAGUGGUGAUAGUCGAAGAAUUCCGGGGUUUCGAUAA